GACGGACGUCCCGCCCUCCAGCUGUUCCCGGCUGAGGCGGGGCGGUAGCUAUGGCGGCUGUGCCCGAUGUGCAGCGGCUACAGGCCCGCGUAGAGGAGCUGGAGCGCUGGGUGUACGGACCGGGUGGGUCGCGCGGCUCGCGGAAGGUGGCUGAUGGCCUGGUCAAGGUGCAGGUAGCUUUGGGGAACAUCGCGAGUAAGAGAGAGAGAGUGAAGAUUCUGUUCAAGAAGAUUGAAGACCUGAUCAAAUACCUGGAUCCUGAGUACAUUGACCGCAUUGCCAUACCUGAUGCCUCUAAGCUGCAGUUCAUCUUAGCAGAGGAGCAGUUUAUCCUCUCCCAGAUUGCACUUCUGGAGCAGGUGGAGGCGUUGGUGCCCAUGCUGGACAGCGCUCAUAUCAAAGCUGUUCCUGAGCAUGCCGCCUGCCUGCAGCGCUUGGCCCAGAUCCACAUCCAGCAGCAAGACCAGUGUGUGGAGAUCACUGAGGAGUCCAAGGCUCUCCUGGAGGAAUACAACAAAACUACAUUGCUUCUCUCCAAGCAGUUCGUGCAGUGGGAUGAGCUUCUGUGCCAGCUAGAAGCCGCCAAGCAAGUGAAGCCAGCAGAGGAGUGAUGGCUGCUACCCAUCCCACAGUGGGCCAGGGCAGCCAGGCUUGGGGCCCUGUGCCAGCCUGCCCUUCUAAUAGGGCAGAGGCAGCUCUGUAUUUAUUGGAUUCACAGCCUACCUGUCCGCACUCAGAUGGGGCCCUGAGGUCACAGGUCUGGCUACUUUGCAUACCCUCCCCUCAUCAGUGUCCUAUUCCAGUGACAAUAAACUGUAGAGAUCACUGGA